UUAUGUGUCGUACAAGCUCGAACCAAAACCCUAAACCCAGACUCCACAAAACUGAAAACCCUGCGAUUUUCAGGUCCAAUAUCGUAAUCACAUAUAGAUCGAUGGGGAAGAACAAGAAGAAGAUGAAGCAAGAAGACGGCGGAAGUCAGCAGCACAGUCCGGCCACCGUCUUCGUCUCCAAUUUGCCCUACUCUUUCGAUAAUUCUCAGCUUGAAGAAACGUUCAGCGAUGUCGGACCAGUUAGGCGUUGCUUUAUGGUUACACAGAAAGGGUCGACUGAACACCGUGGCUUUGCUUUUGUUCAAUUUGCUGCGACUGAUGAUGCCAAGCGUGCAAUUGAGCUGAAAAAUGGUUCAUCAGUUGGAGGUCGCACCAUUGGAGUUAAACAUGCAAUGCAUAGGGCCCCACUCGAGCAAAGGCGAUCUAAAGGAAAUGAAGUGCUCCCAUCUGAUGAUACUAUCAAGGCAAAGACUGACAAUGAUGAUAUUGCUAAUGACAUUAUUAACAUAAAGGACGACAAGGGUGAUUCAUCAACUCCCGUUGUAAAGCAUAAGCCAGCACAUGAUACUCAAGAAAAAGGAAAAAAAGAGAAGCCAAAGAAAGCAGUGACUCCGUUGAAGACUGAACCCGUAGAGGAUGAUUCAUUAGAGCCAAUAGUAAAGCAUAAGCAAUCCGAUUCUCAAGAAAAAGGAAAAAAAGUGAAGUCAAAGAAAGCAGUGACCCCGUUGAAGACCGAGCAUGUCGAGGAUGAUUCAUUAGAACCGACAGUAAAGCAUAAGCAAUCUGAUUCUCAAGAAAAAGGGAAAAUUGAUAAGCCGAAGAAAGCCGUAGUUCCCUUGAAGGCCGAACGUGUAGAAGGGGUUUCUUCAGAAAAGCAAAGGGUUGCCAGGACGGUUGUAAUUGGUGGACUUCUCAACGAUGACAUGGCAGAGAAUGUUCACAAUCUUGCUAGGGAAUGUGGUACAGUGUCUUCCAUAACCUACCCUCUUCCAAAAGAAGAAAUUACACAUCAUGGUCUUGUUCAGGACGGAUGCAGAUUAGGUGCCUCAUUUGUAGUCUACACUAGCGUCAAAUCGGCUCGGGCUUGUGUUGCAAAGUUGCAUCAGAAGAAUCUAGGCGGGGCCACGGUUUGGGCCCGCCAGUUAGGUGGUGAAGGCUCCAAGGUACAAAAAUGGAAGCUUAUAAUAAGAAAUCUUCCUUUUAAGGCGAAUGUUAAUGAGAUAAAAGAUAUGUUUUCAGCAGCAGGCCUUGUUUGGGAUGUAUUUAUUCCUAAAAAACCUGAUACAGGUCUGUCAAAGGGAUUUGCGUUUGUUAAAUUCACAUGCAAGCAGGACGCAGAAAAUGCAAUCCAGAAGUUUAACGGGAAAAGUUUCGGUAAACGGCCCAUUGCCGUUGAUUGGGCUGUUCCAAAGAAAAUUUAUACAGCUGGUUCUCAAGUUGCUCCAGAGGAUGGAGAUAAAGAAAGUGACGAAGAGGAUUACGAAAGUGAUGUGGAAGAUACCCGUGUAGAAACAGACAAAAACACACAGCAUUCUAAUAAAGAUGCUGAUGUGUCAGAUGACGACCCCGAUUUAGUCAAAGAAGAAGUCAAUUUCGAUGAAGAAGCAGACGUUGCAAGAAAAGUUUUAAAUAACUUUCUUUCAUCGAAUGAAAACGUUGCAUCUGCCAAACAGGGUGAUGAAAGCGUGGACGUAAACAACAAAAUAUCCGAAAGUUUGACCAAAACUGAAACUUCGACUAAAUCUGAAAAGACAAAUUUUAAGACAGUUGAGACAGAAGAAGAGUUGGAGAGAACACUUUUUAUCUCUAAUCUUCCUUUCGAUAUUACUCACGAGGAAGUAAAACAGCGUUUCGUAGGGUUCGGUGAAAUCCAGUCGUUUGUUCCUGUUCUUCAUCCCGUCACCAAGAGACCAAGGGGAACGGGAUUUCUCAAAUUUAAAACAAAUGAUGCGGCUGAUGCUGCAUUUGAAGCGGCAACUGCUGUAGCGGGUUUGGGUAUUAUUCUCAAAGGCAGGCAAUUAAAAGUUUUGAAGGCGUUAAAUAAAAAGGCAGCUCAUGAUAAAGAAGCAGAAAAGAAAAUAAAGGAAGACGUCGACCAUCGCAACCUCUAUCUAGCUAAGGAAGGUCUUAUUCUUGAGGGCACUCCAGCUGCUGAAGGAGUUUCAGAGAGCGACAUAUCGAAACGUCGAUCAUUGGAGCAGAAAAAGGCAACUAAACUUAAAUCUCCAAAUUUUCAUGUUUCAAAAACGAGACUUAUUAUGUACAACGUACCAAAGUCGAUGAAUGAUAAACAGUUAAAAAAACUUUGUUUAGACGCGGUUACGUCUCGUGCUACAAAACAAAAGCCUAUGAUCCGACAGAUUAAGCUGUUGAAGGAUUCUGUCAAAGGAAAAGAAGUCUCAAAGAAUCAUUCCCGUGGGGUUGCUUUUAUCGAGUUUUCAGAACACCAACACGCGCUUGUGGCUCUUAGAGUUCUUAAUAAUAAUCCCGAGACAUUCACUGCCGAGCAUCGUCCAAUUGUGGAAUUCGCUCUAGAUAACGUUCAAACAUUGAAGCAACGUAACGAGAAGAUGGAAUCUCAACUGAAAGGAUCCAGUAACAAUGACGAAAACGCCGAGAAUAAAACCGAUUUUCGCAAAUCCGUUGACCAGUCACACGAUUCGUCAAGAAAACGCAAAACCCAAGAAAAUAGGAUAGCAGAAACCGAAACCAAAACCAAAACCGGAACCAAACCUGCCAAGAAAAAGCUUGCGGUCUCUAAAGAACCGUUGGAGGCCCAACAAGAAGGAAAAGAAUUAAAGGCCCGUUUUGCAGCCCGGCCUGGGCCCAUAGGUGUAGUAGAUGUGCCGAAUAAAAAGAGGUCAAGAGAUAAAAGAGUACAGAAUGAAGAUACGGUUUUAACCAAAAGAAGGAAAAAUAAGGACCCGUUAGGGCAAGACACGGUGGAUAAACUUGACAUGCUUAUUGAACAGUAUCGAUCCAAAUUCUCAGGAAACCGAACCAACAAAAGUGAAGGUGAAAACCAAGGUUCCAGACGGCUCGGUCGGUGGUUCCAGUCUUAGGUUCAUGGUUCUAGCUGGCUCAGUGAUUCGCAUGGUGGUCUGAGUCCAUAGUUUUGGUUUGUUGUGUAACUUAUAACUCAAAUUGUGCUUAUUAUAAUUUAAGAUCCUACAUCUUAGAGAAACCGAUUCUGAAUCAUUCGAAAUUUUGAAAAAAAUUCAAUCAUUAUGAUUUUUUGUUUAUUGACAAUUUAUGCAAGUGAAAAAAAAUUCAAUCA